AUGGGCCAAAGAUCAAGUCAAUUCACAGAGGAAGAACUUCAAGAUUACCAGGAUUUAACUUAUUUUACCAAGAAAGAGGUGAUGCAUGCCCAUAUGAAAUUCAAAGCUUUGGCACCAGAAAAGGUUGGGCAUAAUAGGAACGCUAAACUUCCUAUGAACAAAGUUUUGCAGUAUCCAGAGUUAAGAGUAAAUCCUUUUGGCGACAGAAUCUGCAAAGUUUUUAGUACUAGUCAAGAUGGGGACUGUACUUUUGAAGAUUUUCUUGAUAUGAUGUCUGUCUUUAGUGAUUCUACCCCUAAGUCCGUGAAAGCUGAACACGCCUUUAGGAUUUUCGAUUUUGAUGGUGAUGAUAUGCUAGGGGUUUCGGACCUGAAGGAAAUAAUAGACAGGCUAACCAGUCCUCAGAAAUUAAAUGACAACGAAAUGACCCAUCUCAUUCAAAAUAUACUUGCGGAGGCUGAUUUAGAUGACGAUGGAGCUCUGUCUUUUGCAGAGUUUGAACAUGUUAUUGAUAAAUCACCCGAUUUUGCCAACUCUUUUAGGAUUCAAUUAUAG